AAUCAUAGCAAUCAUCUCGAGAUCAUCAUCCAAGCCCAUCCGUUCAAGGCAAUACCAGCUAUGAGGACGACCACUCUACUUUUGAGCCUUGGCCUUCUGGUCCUGUGAUUUUCCAGGUACAGUUUGGCCGAGGACGACCCCACCGAUGGAAGCACCACCCCAACUGACGGGAGCACCACGCCCACUGAUGGAAGCACCACCCCAACUGACGGGAGCACCACGCCCACCGAUGGAAGCACCACGCCCACUGAUGGAAGCACCACUCCCACUGGUGGAAGCACCUCUCCAUCAACCUCUCCUUCAACAGGCGAUAACACUAGUCCUUCAGCAGGAUCGCCAGACAGCACGCCCGCGUCCGGAAGUGGCAGCAGCGGCAACAACAACCAGAACAACCAUCGGAGGCGCCGCCAGCGGGUUCAGCGGGCUCGACGCCGCCGGGCUCAGCAGGCUCGACGCAGGAGGAACCGUCGCAACAACAGUAAUAACAGGGUUGGCUAAGCAUAACCAAUGGUUUCUAAU